UUUUGAAUCGGCGGCUAUUUUAACCGUCGGGCGCCGAGGAAUCUGGGAGAAAGCGGCGUAGACAUAAACCCAGAUAAAUAAGUGAACUAACGCGCACCUUGAAGUGGAAAAGCAGCAGAUGAAGAUGGAUUUGAACUCUAUGAAGUACGCGGAGCUGCGAAGCAUCGCGAAGGAGCUGGGGCUGAAGGCGAACACGAAGGCCGAUAAGCUCCUGAAAGCCAUUAAGCAGCACUAUGAAAAAGAAAAGAAAAAUGACGAGGGAGAUGAAAAUGCAGCUUCAGACAGCGGCCGGGAGGAUGUAGAUGAUGCUUCCCAACAAGAGGCUCCCAGUACGGCUGUGUUUGUGAACACGCGUCGGGGGAGAGGAAAAUGCAUCAAGAGGAAGAUCACUGAUGCUGCUGAGGCUGCUGACCCAGCCGAAUCUUGCAGCAGUUCAGGGGAGAAGAAGAAAAGGAAGGUGACCCUGGACAAAGACUCUGAGAUGAACGAACCGGAGCCCCAGCUGCACCCGGCUCCUGUGCUCGCUGAAACAGAGAUGAAUGUGUUCCCGUCGUCUGGUUCUCGUACAGAAAAGGCACCGAAGGUGGUAAAAGGCGGCAAGAUCCCUCGUCACCAAGGCCUCCAGCAGAGGAGCAAGGCUUUGUUGAAGCCCACAACUCCUAACUUUAAAAAGCUCCAUGAGGCCCAGUUCAACAAGAUGGAGUCCAUCGACAGCUACGUCCAGCGGAAGACGAAGCAGGUGGAGACGUACAAAAUUCCAGUCAAAGACCUGAAGAAGAAUUCAGCUCGUGCCACCAUGUUCAGCCCCGUCCCCAGCAACAAGACGCCGGCCGAGGAAAACUGUCGCCACACUUUGCUCUCGGCCAGUAAAAUCCCUUCAAAAAAACCUGCACAAAAAGAAGAUGGUCGGUUCAGACCCUCUGUCCUUUCUGCCCGCAGGGUCAAUGUCCGAUUCUCGGAGGCUACACUCGAUAAUGAGUUCAAGAGGUCGCUGGUGAAGACGCCAGCACGGAUGUCGCCAUGCGUCGCCUCCAGUACCCCGCAAAAACCGACUGCAGACGCAGCAAAGCCGGCCGCCGCCAAGUCUUCAGCUUUAUCUGCCCAGAAAACUCCAGGACCCUUCAUUUUCACCGGUAACACGAGUGCUUUAGGAACGCCUGGAACCCAAAAGAAACCUGCCUUCGACCUGAAGGCGAGUCUGUCGCGUCCCCUCUCCUACCAGCCCCAUAAAGGUAAACUGAAACCUUUCGGAGAUGUCAAGGAAAACGCAGCAGGAAACAAGUCUGCGAUCGCCAAUCCUCGCCAAGAAAGUUACAAACAGCCCAAAAUCCAGUCAAGGGAGGACCGGCGAACCAAACAAAUGGAAAGCCGGAAGCAGAAAAAAGAAAACAUGCUCGGGGCGAGGAGAGGACUUGUGAUGACGUAGACGGGGGUAUUCUU